AUGUGCCAGGCCGCCAUUCUCGAGAUGAUGCUGGUCUUCAACGCGCACGGCCUCGACCCGUGCUGGGUUGAGCCCUCGGCACGCGAGGUGCAGCAGUCCAUCGACAACUUGUCGGAGGGCAAUGACCACGACGAGCCGCUGCUCGUCGAGGACACCAUCCAGGCGGAGAUCGACUACAUCGCCGCCAGGGUGGCGGAGGCGCAGCUCGCCAUGGAGGCCGGCGGCGCUGGCGGCGUGGAGGAUGAGGCCAACACGGCCGCGGAGGAGAGGGAGCUCGCCCAGGACAGGGAGACGCUGGCCCAGAGGGUGGCAAAGAAGGCCAGGGCACCGGCGUGCGACCAGCCCGCGGCGGGCGCUUCGCGCACGCCGGUGGUGGAGAUCAGCCCGGACAGCAGCCCCCGGCUCCGCCCCCAGCGUGCGUCCACCACCUACUCCUCAUCAAUGUGCGCUGGGGUACGAUCUUUUGGCACUGACCUUGCCAUGGCUGCAGGAGGAGGACGACAGCAGGAGGAGCCACCGAGGGCCACCCCCAACACACCGCCCCCAUCGACCAGACCGCCUCGAGGAGCGUCCCCGGCAAGGGCGCCAAGCACUGAGCCCAUGCGCACCGAGGAGGAGGAGGUGGACUCGAGCACUGGUGGCUCCGUCCCGGCAACAGAUGUUGGAGGGGAGGGGGGCGCUUAUUCUCAGCCCAGCACGGAUCUUCCCUUGGCGGACCAGGAGGACAUCGACGCCAUCAUCACGGAGGUUGCCAAGAACACCGAGGCCAAGGCCGACAAGAUCGCCACCGAGACCACAACCGAGGACGCCGCCAAAGGGCCUGCCGGGGAGGCCGGUAAGGCUGCUGCCGGGGAGGAGGUGGUCGAUGACCAACCCUCCUCCUCUGCCGCCUCUGGCUCGAGCAGGUACUUGAAGGUGGGCGGCGACCUGUUCGCCCACCUUCUAGGGACGGCGGGCACCAGGGCGCCGGCCGAGGGGGAGGUGUUCGACGACGAGGUGCUCGCCGUCGUCGGCCUCGAGGCGCUCCACCGCGCCCGGCUGGACAAGGCGAACUCCAGGGAGGCGGAGGCGGAUCUCGAGGAGCGCGUCGCUGAGGCGCAGGCCUGGUUCCGCCAGGCCCACGAAGAGCUGAAGGCUGCCCAAGACCAGCUGGCCGAGCGCAAGUAG